UGUUUGGGAAGGGAAACUUCAUUAGUCAAACUUUAUUUAUAAUACAAGACUGGCAACCAUAAACUCUCAUACCCAUCUUCUUUUUUGUAUUCUCUCUUCCCCCUUUCUUCUGGUAAACUCGGAAUCAACAACGAGGAGAUAUGGAUGAGAAUAGAAAAGCACACCAAAAUUGUGCUAAUGCUGCUAAUCCCUACCAUGAAUGUGGUGCAUAUUGCCUAGAAAAGAUUGCUGGUGGCAAGGGAUAUAAAGAAAAGGACAAAAAGAUAUUAGGUAACCGCUAUGGUACAGGAGAAGCUGUGCAUAACAAAAGGACUAAUGAUGGGAACAAACGCAACCAAAUUGCCUUAAAGCAUCUAAUCCUUACCAUGAAUGCGAUGAAAAUUGCAUCCAGAAAACUUCCAAAGCUGCUACUCUGGGGAUUGGAAAAGAAUCAGAUAAUCGCAACGGUAUAAAACAAGAUGACUCUAUCAGAAAGAAUGACAAGGGACUAGUGCACCAAAAUUGCAUAAAGUCAUCAAAUCCAUACCACAAAUGUGAUGAAAAUUGCUUCAAAAGAAGUACAGAGGCCAAAGCAGAAUCAGGUUCCAAAUUCGUUGAUGCUUCCAGAAGCUUUGACCCGAAAAAGAAGGGAUCUGAGUCUCAGCCGAAAUCCUCUCGAGCACUUGAGAUUGCUCCUGCCCUAGGUGCAAUUUACCAUGGUGACCAGGAAUCCCUUCAGUCUCAUUUAUAUAGGGAGAAGAUGGAAGAAGAGAAUGGUGAGUCUUCUUCUUCUUCUGAGCGACACUCUGAAGCGAUUUAUUCCCAAGAUCAAUCUUCCGACAAGGCCCAAAUUCAGUACUCCCAACCAUUGCCUAUCUCUGGCAAAAUCACGUCUCCUGGUGAUGCACCAGCCAAAUAUGAAGCAAAGAAGGUUCUAAAUUCCGCAAAGGUAAGUUCAGAUGCAAAUACCGAGGAUGCAAAAGAAGAUGCGACUAGCUCAACCUUUAGUUUCUCAGGGAUCAUUCGAGCUUUAGCAGACGGUGAUCAGGAAGAUGUCAAAUCUGUUAUCUCUGAUUCAUGUGUAUCAGUCGGAAAAUACCAUGUGAAAGAAAGCCUCUCCUCGACCCUACAGUCAAUUCUCGAUAAACAUGGAGACAUAGCAGCUAACUGUCAGUUGGAAUCGGCUUCUAUGCGUGCAUAUUAUUUAGAGUGCUUGUGUGCUGUAGUUCAAGAUCUGCAGUUCACUUCGUUCAAGCAACUGACCAAAGCAAAAAUUAAAGAAAUGUUUGCUGUUCUCAAGGAUGUUGAAUCUGCCAAAAUUGAUGUUAGUUGGUUGCGUGGUCCGCUCAAUGAAAUCUCGGAAGCCGUUGAUCUUGUUAGUCAACCACAAACUUUUGAAGCCAAAAAGGCAAAGUAUGAAAGUUCUUUAGAGUCGAUAAAGAAAGAACUGGAAUCUCAAAUGGAAAAUCUAGCUGAGAAAGAAAAGGAGGCUGCCGAUGCUCAGGAACAGGUUGCCAAGACCAAGGCUCAUUUGGCUGACAUGGAGAAUGAAUAUUCUCAGCUGGACAAAACUCUUUCGUCUAUUGCAACUAUCACGGAGAAGUUCAGGGGCAAAUCUCUGACAAGUGAGUUCCUUUGAUGGCGAUCACGAAUAAAGACGGUACAUUAGUAUUCGAAUACCAGACACAUUGCUUCUUAUACUCGAUAGUGGCAUCAGUAGUUUGCAUAGGCAAUUAUAUAUAAUCUGAUACUUGGCU